AUGCCUCGAAUAAUUCUGAAAAGAAAGGAACUGAGGGAGUCAGACACAUCCGAAAGCGAAGAAGAGGAGACUGCGGCUUUGACCACCGUUUAUUGCGGAGAGAAUCCAGUUAUAGAUAUUGUUGCAGUGCACGGGUUAAACGGAGAUGCCUUCAAAUCAUUCACAUCAAAAAAGACUGGCAAAUUCUGGCUAGGGGACCAGGCAAUGCUCCCCAAGGACAUGCCUGAUUGUCGUAUCCUGACAUUCAGCUAUCCGGCGUCUGUGGCCGCGGUGUUUGGUAGGACCUCUUCAGACACGAUACUCCAGCAUGCGACCACGUUAGUCCAAGAGUUGGCAGCCGAUCGGCAGAUAGAAAGGGCGACAGAAAGGCCGAUUAUUUUCUUGUGUCACUCGCUAGGUGGGAUCAUAGUCAAGAGAGCACUGAUUUACUCGGAAAGCCGCAAGGCAAAGAAGACAGAGCAUAUCCAUUCCAUCUUUGUUUCGACCUACGGGAUCAUGUUCUUCGGCACUCCUCAUCACGGAAGCAGCAAAGCAAUCCUCGCAAACUACGUGCAACGCAUGGUUAAUGUUUUACCAUCCAAAGUAGUCGACACAGGCUCCCAGCUACUAGAAGCCCUACGAGAAGGGUCAGAGAUUCUACAAGAUAUCACGGAUAACUUCCAACCUAAGAUGAGGCACUUCCAUGUGUUCUUUUUCUGGGAACAGCAAAAGUCCAACUUAGGGGUCAAAUGGGAUUACAUUGUGGCACAAACGUCCGCAGCCCCUAUAAUGGAUGACACUGACCGGGCAGGAAUCAAAGCGGAUCAUCACAGUAUAUGCAAGUUUGCAACACGGACGUCACCCGGCUAUAGGCUUGUUAUUGCUACACUGAUGCGUUAUUCCGACGAGGCUCCGAGCAAAAUUAAGCGGCGGUGGACUGAGACAAGAGAGAUAAUUAGGUCGAUCCGGAGAAACGAGGCGCGGGAAAUUUAUCAUGAAAGUGAUUAG